UACAAACUAACUGUUUUCCGCCCAAUACGAGACAACUGUAAGUAAACCCACCCCAGUCGGGCGCCGUAAACUAACCAGCCGGAACCGCAGAGCCCUAAAAAUGCAGCGACGGGGCGGCAAACGCAUCCGGAUGGACGAACCACCGCCGGAAUACGAGAACCCGAUGACCCCGCAAGUGGAGACCGACACGUACGGCGGCUACGGCCACAUGUACCAGGACCAGUACCACGAGCCGAUGAAUCAGGUGCAGGACAUGUUCGAAUCGCCCCCCACGCCGGGCAUGAGAAGAGUGACGAGGUCCAAAGCCCGGGGUGUCACCCACGCACCGGUGGUUUCGCCCAGCUUCUCGCCCACCAACACCGCGCCUCCUAGUACCAGAGGCAGGGGGAGGGGGCGUCCGCCCGGCAGGAAGAACAACGUUGAGGGUGGGCUGCAUGAUGAUGAUUCUUUGUACACGGUUAUCAAAAACAGUAAGGUCUCCCUCACGAACAUAGUGGAUGACUGGAUAGAGAACUACAAGGUUAACAGAGAGGCAGCACUAAUUUCCCUGAUGCAGUUCUUCAUAAACGCUGCCGGUUGUAAAGGUAGGAUAACACAGCAAAUGCAGGCGGGCAUGGAACACGCCGCAAUCAUCCGUAAAAUGACUGAAGAGUUCGACGAAGAUUCCGGUGAAUAUCCUCUGAUAAUGGCAGGUCAAACGUGGAAAAAAUUCAGGCAGAACUUCUGCGAUUUCGUCCAGACUUUAGUUAAACAGUGCCAGUAUUCAAUUAUUUAUGAUCAGUUUUUGAUGGACAAUGUUAUAUCCUUGUUGACUGGUUUAUCUGAUUCACAAGUAAGAGCGUUCAGACACACCGCCACUUUAGGGGCAAUGAAGCUGAUGACUGCAUUAGUUGAUGUAGCCCUGACUGUCUCAGUUAAUCUGGACAACACCCAAAGACAGUACGAGUCAGAGCGACAGAAAACCCGCGAGAAACGUGCCAGCGACAGACUGGAAUCCCUAUUGGGAAAACGUCAGGAAUUAGAGGAGAACAUGGAUGAAAUCAAAAACAUGUUAACGUACAUGUUCAAGUCCGUUUUCGUACACAGAUAUCGUGACACGUUGCCAGAAAUCCGGGCCAUUGCCAUGACUGAAAUCGGUGUCUGGAUGCACAAGUUCCACGCCAAUUUCCUCGACGACUCCUAUUUGAAAUACAUUGGUUGGACCUUACACGACAAAGUCGGGGAGGUCAGGUUGAGAUGUUUACAGGCCUUACAACCACUGUAUGCUAGUGAAGAACUCAAGGGUAAGCUGGAGUUGUUCACAAACAAAUUUAAAGACCGUAUUGUCGCCAUGACCCUGGACAAGGAAUAUGAUGUGGCUGUUCAAGCUGUUAGGCUAGUGAUCAGCAUCCUGAAGCACCAUCAGGACAUUCUCACCGACAAGGAUUGUGAACACGUGUAUGAAUUGGUAUACUCAUCUCACAGAGCAGUUGCCCAAGCAGCCGGCGACUUCUUGAACGAACGUCUUUUCCAACCGGGUGAUUUGGAUCCAGGCAAAACGAAGCGGGGGAAACGCCGCCUCCCCAACACCCCCUUCAUUCGGGAUCUCGUCCAGUUCUUUAUCGAGUCCGAAUUGCACGAACACGCCGCCUAUUUGGUUGAUUCUUUGAUUGAGUCAAAUGCCAUGAUGAAGGAUUGGGAGUGUAUGACUGAUUUGCUGUUGGAGGAGCCCGGACCGCACGAGGAGCCGCUAGACAACAGGCAGGAGACGAGUCUGAUUGAAAUUAUGGUUUGCUGCGUUAAGCAGGCGGCAACUGGAGAAGCCCCAGUUGGGCGAGGGCCAAACAGAAAAGUGUCUUCAAUCAGGGAACUCAAACAAGCUGGAGAAGACAAACAAAAGUUGACGGAGCACUUCAUAAUAACUCUGCCACCUUUACUGGAAAAGUAUUCAGCUGAUCCUGAAAAGUUGGCGAAUCUUCUGAGCAUUCCCCAAUAUUUCGACCUGGAUCUGUACACGAGUGGUAGGCAAGAAGGCAACCUUCAAGCUUUGCUGGUUAAACUGAAACACAUCGCCCAAGUACACCAUGAACCAGAGGUUUUGGAAACGUUGGCGAAAACAUUGGAGAUUCUCAGCUUAGAAGGGCACACGAUUUACACAAAAUGCGACGUGGCAAGAUCAACGAUUAUUGACGUAAUGGUCAGUUCCUAUAAAGAAGCCAUAGAUGAUUGGAGAAAUCUUCUAUUGGGAGAGGAAACUCCAAAUGCUGACGAGAUUUUCAACGUCGUCAGUACUUUAAAAAAAGUAUCCAUGUUUUACGCCUGCCACAAUUUGAACCACUGGAACUUAUGGUCGACAUUGUUCCAAGAUCUACGAGACACUGAGAGUAAGCUACCUCCAGAAGCCUUGAAGUACUGCCUAAGUUCCUGCUAUUAUUAUCUCCUGUGGGGCCUGCGUGACUUGGAGGCGGCCAACGAAGGCGGAGGCCUCCGUGGCUCCGACAUCCAAGACCUACGUCAAAAGCUCAACGACUUCAUCGAGGGCUCAGACGAGCUGAUUAAGUCGUCCCCGCAUCAAAUGAUCAAAGAGGAAGCGUACAUUGGACUGUGCGACCUGUUGAUCGUGUUCAGCGAACAGUUGCACGGCACCGCCCAGUUCGCCUCAGAGUUAAUUUGUUCUCCAGACAGAAACCUGCAGUUGCUGCUCAACGAGUUCGUGCAAACGUACGUGUUCGUACCGGAACAGAAUUCGGACCACGACGAGCACAGGAUCGAGGAAUUGCACAAGAGACGUAACUUCUUGGCUGCCUAUUGUAAACUCAUUGUUUACAACAUCAUGCCCACGAAGGCGGGGUCGGACGUCUUUAAACACUACGUGAAGUACUACAACGAGUACGGGGACAUAAUUAAGGCAACACUGAGCAAAGCCAGAGAGAUAAACAAAGUGAAUUGUGCCCUCACAAUGUGCCUGAGCUUGAACAUGAUGUUUAACGAGGUGCAAAGGUUGUCGCAAGGCAGAAACACGAGGCAGCACGAGGAGUUCUUCGCCCUCAAAGAGUUGGCGAAGAGAUUCGCCCUCUCUUUUGGUUUGGAUGCUGUUAAAAAUCGGGAGGCCAUCACCGCCUUGCACCGGGCCGGCAUUUUGUUCGCCGUCAGCGGCGGGGAGAACUCCGAGGACCCCACUGGGCCACCAGUUAAUCUACCCUUCCUGGAGAUACUUACGGAGUUCACGAAUAAACUGUUGAAGCAGGACAAGAGGGUCGUGAUGACCUUCUUGGAUCGACGAAUAACAACUGGUAUGCCGAGUUCGAGGGGAGAAGAUUGGCAACCGUUGCUCCUUUAUAGGAACUCUUUGUUGCACGGUGAGACUGACGCCCUGCCGACCACCAGCAAACGGGCUUACGGAAGGAAGCGGAAGGAAAUCGAGUCGGACAACGAGCAGGAUGAACUGUCCGAUCAGGAGUUUCCGGGUAAUUUAUACGGUUAAAUAACGGUGUAGCAUUUCACCUCGUAAAAGGAACAUUUUCAAAUCAAGUCUGGCAAAUAACUUCCACUUUUGAUCUUUUAAAGUACUGGGAAUACAUUUUGGUUUACUAUAAAAGUAGAUUUUGAUCAGUUGAAAGCAUGUAUUAAACUACUAGAGAGGUUUGGUAUAACUGUGUUGUUUUGGCAUUGGUUUGGUUUUUUAUUUUUUUUUUAUUUCUGCGCAGGCGAGGAUUAUUAAAUUUGCGAGUGAGCGAAGAGACAGGAGGACGUGAGGACGGGGAAUCAAAAUUUAGAGUUUGAAAAUUUUUAAUACAUGCUUUUUAUGGCUCUGUAUUAAUUAAAUGAGCCGUUCAUCUUAACUAUUUUACCAUUAUAGUUUACUUUAUUAAAUAAAAUUAAGAUAUUACUUUGGAAGGACCAAAGUUUUAAAAAUUAAUAUGUACAAACGAAGUUGUAUGCUAAUUAUAAUUUAUUACAUUUUUGAAAAAUGUGCUUUUAAUGUGCUAUAGGUUUUUUAAUUGUAUAAACGUUUAUAAAAAUACAUUUGUAUUAGUUGUUUUGAAUAAAAUCUUACGUUUAUCAUACAA